UUACCGAAUUAUAAACACGCGACGCCAUAUUAGAUUCGUCCAGCACGGAAGUGUUGUACUGCAUUACUUUGUUUCUUUAUUCAUUUCUGCACGAGUUCAGAAGCAAGGAAAACAGACGAGGAUGAGCCAAUAUAUUCAGGUUACAGAGGAGGAGAACGAAGAACCAAUUGAAAUUCCAAGUGAAGAUGAUGGUACCCUGUUAUUGACGACGCUUUCUGCCCAGUUUCCAGGAGCAUGUGGAAUGAAAUAUCGCAAUCCUGAAACCGGCGCUUAUCGUGGUAUCCGCCUUGUUGAUGGGCGCCUGCACCCCCCAGAUGGUUUAUGGGAUUCCCAUGUCUACGUUUCAGUGUUUCCAAAAGCCGAAAACAAAAGGAAGGGUGAAGAGGGCCAGGAGAACCCAGCAGCCAAGACAAAGCGAAUUGACACAGCUCCAUGCAGCACAGAUCUCAUAGUCCUUGGUCUGCCAUGGAAAAGUACAGAAGAUGACCUGAAGAAAUAUUUUGCCCAGUUUGGAGAACUGCUGUUGGUGCAGGUUAAGAGAGACAUUAAAACCGGUCAGUCCAAAGGAUUUGGUUUCAUUCGAUUUGUGGAACAUUCAGCUCAAGUGAAGUGCAUGUCCCAACGUCACAUGAUAGAUGGAAGAUGGUGUGAUGUCACCAUACCCAACUCAAAGGAAGGUGCCCAGCAGCUAAUGAACAGGAAAGUCUUUGUUGGGAGAUGUACAGAAAACCUGACAGCUGAAAACUUGCGAAACUACUUCGGCAAGUUUGGUGAAGUUGUGGAUGUCUUCAUUCCCAAGCCUUUCAGAGCCUUUGCUUUCGUAACAUUCGCUAAUCCUGAGGUAGCCCAGACCCUCUGUGGUGAAGACCAUGUGAUAGAUGGCACCAGUGUCCAUGUCAGCAGCGCUGCGCCCAAGAAUAUGGAUCGCCAUGGGGAUCGCAAAGGUGGAGGUGGGGGGUACAACCAAGGUUACAGCCAAGGCUUUGGCAAUCAGGGUGGAUGGAGCCCUGGGCCUCGCCCUUCCCCUUCCCAUCAUAAUAAUAUUGGUAAGCAGAACAAUCAAAGCAUGGGUCAAGGGGUAGAUAACCAAGUUGCUAACAACAUUGGAAUGAAUCUUCUUAACAGUGCUAUGAUGGCAGCUGCCCAAGCUGUGUUAAGUGGGCAGGGUCAGUGGGGGCCCCUGGGACUGGCAGGACAGGCAGGAGGUGGGGGUGGAGGUGGAAAUGGGGACACUUCACAGAAUCAGAACAACAAUAGUCAACCCUUUGGGAAUAUUGGUGGAACUGGGGGUGGAGGACAGGGCAGUGCAAGCAACUUCUUAGGAUGGGGUGGCCCACAUAGUGAUGGACAGAGCCACAGUUCCACAAGCCAAGGGCAGUAUGGGGGAUGGGGAACUCACGGCAGUGGGGGGAGGUCAGGGGGGUGGAGCUGAAUGGAGUGAAUGAAUAGUAUAGCAGUGGUCAUUCAGCCUACAAACGCCUGUACAUUUCUGAAUCCUCAUGUUGACCAGUAAAAAUUGUAGUUGAAGAUAAUUGUCCAAACUGUUGAGUUCUGUUAACCAAAUUCAGAAUAUCUGUCAGAAAUUCAAAGUUUGCGUGUAAUAUCGCAGUGAAUAUCCACCUGGGAUGUGGCCUAGUUUUGAGAAUAUAUCCACCUAUGUAUGUUAAGUGACUACUGCUAUGCUGUUGCGUGGUGGGUUGUUGGAAACAGUUGCUCUGGUGAAGUUAUGGAGAGAAGCGUGUGAGACAGCAGCUGUGAUGUGGAGGACAGGCAGGGCACCACAUUGGUAGUGAGGAUGAGUUGAGAGUUUGUAUGAUGCUCUUAUUGAACAGUAGAGGCACUGUCUUCCUGAACUGCUUAUAGAGUAGCAGUGCUGUGUGAGUGGUGAUUAUGACGAUGCACAUACUAAUGCUGUUGGUUCUAGAGAUUUAAUCGAAUGGGUUUCCAUCAUGGAACAUAUCUCCCCUUUUUGUGGUUAAUUUUUAAGAUCUUGAAUUCCUCCUCUCAACAAUUAACCAUAUAUUAUUACAAGAGUAUGUUUUCUUACCAAACAACAUUGAUUUCUUGAACAUUCGGCAAACAGUUGCAAAUAAUGUGUUAAAUUUUUGAAAAGCUUGAAAGUUUACUUCAUUUCUGAAAAAAACUAUUACGAAAUUCAAUUGGUAUUUGUAGUACUCGUUGCUUGUUGUUAGAUGGCCUUUGUAACAGUUGCAAAUCAUGUUGUGUAUUGUCAUAGUGAAUUUGAAAGUUUUUGUGCAUGUAUGGAGCAUAUUUAAAUUGCUUGAAGGGAGCGUCGGGGAGAAUGAGCUGUGUGAGGAGAUGUUUGGGAGGCAAAGCUCAGUCCUAGACACAGCACAUACAUUGAUAUGCACCAGUGUUACAUCAAGCAGUGAGAGUAGAUCAUCAUGUACAUACAGCUUCCUAGCAGACUGUCACCAUCACAGUGUAGCCUAUGUCUCAGUGUAAUCUGUGUUGUAACCUGUCAAGUCUCAUGUCAUUUUAAUGGUCAUAUCAUUCACAGGUGUCGCACCUGCAGGAGUAGGUGUUAACAUGGCUUAUCAUACUUUCAUAUUUGUCACAACAUGCAGUAUUCAAAUUGACUAAAUUUGCAUUGUUUAUUAAUCAACCUUGUUUGGGCUUUGUAACAGUUUAAAACAGACACAUUUCCUAUUGGGCUCAGUUUGUGUUCCACAAAGAAUACAGUGGGAUUAUUGGGAAAUAUAUCACGUUUGCCUACAUACAUCAUAGAUUGUAUUGCAUGUACGAAAGUGUUACUUGAGAAGACCAAUCUGCUUGUUUCACGUCAUUGUGUUUAAGAUUUGUUAACAUUGAUCACUGAACUGUCAGAAUAUGGUUGAAUGGAAGAUAUUGUCAACCGAGAAUGAAGCAUUUUGAGAGAUGAUGUUUUGCAGGUGAUGAAUGACAUUUCCCAAUAUGAUUGAGUGGAAUGAUAUUUUAGAUAUGUGGAAUGUGUCAAAUACAUUGUUUGAUUUGGUUUGUUUUGAGUGACAAUGCUAUUGAAAGAUAUACACCUUG